AUGUCUGCGUACACAUUCGGAGCUGCUCUUGAGCUGACCAGCUCCCCCAAAUUAACAUCGCCGCCUGCUGCUAGAAGAAAAGAGCCAGCAGAACGCCAGUCCGCUAUUGAACUUCAGGACUAUAUCCAGCUGGUACAGAAUCAGCAGUCACAGUCUUCCAAUGGCGCCACAGCUGCUGCUGCUGCACAAGCGUCUGCAAAGGUUCCGACAACGACGACACCUAGCGAGCUUGAAAUGAGUCGGCCGCCUUCGCCUACUCAAGCUGCUGAGGUGGUGCCGAGUUGGAGUUUUCCGUAUAUGAAUAAGUAUCGCGUUCUUGCGGUUUGUACGGUUUACUUUGGUAAUGGCUUGAAUGAUGCUUCUGCCGGUGCUUUGAUCCCCUACAUGGAGAAGCAGUAUCACAUCGGCUAUGCGGUCGUCUCGCUGAUCUUCAUUACAAACGCCAUUGGCUUCAUCACUGCUGCCUUUUUCACAGAUCUUACACUGGAGAAGCUGGGUCGAGCUAAGGCGUGUAUGCUAUCAGAAGCCAUGUUGAUUGCCGGAUACGUGAUCAUGGUUUGCACACCUCCGUUCCCCGUGGUUGUCGUUGCCUUCCUUCUUCUAGGCUUGGGUGCAGCUUUGAAUCUCGCACUGAACAACGUGUUCUGCGCCAAUCUUGCGAACUCUACCGUCAUUCUUGGUGCCUCGCAUGGCAGCUAUGGCCUUGGAGGAGUAGUUGGUCCAAUCAUAGCAACCGCGCUUGUCUCGAAAGGAAUUUUAUGGUCGCGUUUCUACACAAUCACGCUUGCGCUCCGUGUCGUCUGCUUUUUCUUCACCGGCUGGGCUUUCCACAAUUACGAGAAGGAACCCUCGAGCCUGAAGUUGAGCAACCGCGUACCUCUCGGUGCUGGUGAGAUACAGCCAACCAAGCUGCAGCUAAUGAAGCGAGCUCUCCACAGCAAAGUCACCGUGUUCGCCGCGCUGUUCAUCUUUUCCUAUCAAGGAUCAGAAGUCAGCACGUCUGGCUGGGUCAUCUCUUUCCUGAUCGAAGCUCGUGGCGGCGACCCAAAAAAAGUCGGUUAUGUUACUGCUGGCUUCUGGGGCGGCAUUACCCUAGGCAGAUUUGUGCUAUCCCAUCUCGCUCCCAGGAUUGGCGAGAAGCGCUUCGUCUACAUCCUCACUGUCUUGUCCAUUGCGUUCCAGCUUCUGGUCUGGCUUAUCCCUAACAUUGUAGGCGAGGCCGUUGCUGUCUCGCUUUUGGGCUUGCUGCUCGGACCAGUGUAUCCAUGUGCCACAACUAUCUUUACGAGGCUAAUGGAUAGGGAUGUUCAGAUGACGGCUAUCAGCUUCGUGUCUAGUGCUGGCAGCAGUGGCGGUGCGGUUGCGCCUUUCUUGACAGGAUUGUUGGCACAGGCUGUGGGUACUUUUGUCUUGCAUCCGAUUUGUAUUGGCUUGUUUGUUGUUAUGGUGGGCUGUUGGUAUGGGCUGCCCAACAAGGCCAAGAGAACAGAGUAA